AUGGAAGAUCCAAAACUAGAAAAACAUUUCAAAAGUCAUCGUAGUACUGUUACAUCUCUUAGUUUUUCACCAAAUACAAAACAACUUGUAUCGGGUAGUUUGGAUUCAUGUCUUUUUCUUUGGCCAUUUAAACCUCAAGUUCGAGCUUAUCGAUUUGUCGGUCAUAAUGAUGCUGUUUAUUCAGUAUGUUUUUCUCCAUCGGGUCAUUUAAUUGCAUCUGGUUCAAAAGACAAAAAAGUUCGUCUAUGGAUUCCAAGUGUAAAAGGUGAAUCAACUGUAUUCAAAGCACAUACAGCUGCUGUUCGAUGUGUUGAUUUUUCAAGUGAUGGUCAAAGUUUAUUAAGUUCAUCAGAAGAUAAAACAAUUAAAAUUUGGACUGUACAUCGACAAAAAUUUCAAUUUUCACUUAAUCAACAUUCAAAUUGGGUUCGUUGUGCUAAAUUUUCACCUGAUGGAAGAUUAAUUGUUAGCUGUAGUGAUGAUAAAACAGUUAAAAUAUGGGAUAGAAAUACAAAUGAAUGUAUGCAUACAUUUUACGAACCACAUGGAUUUCUUAAUGAUGUAGCUUUUCAUCCAAGUGGUACUUGUAUUGGUGGUGGUUGCACUGAUGCAAGUGUCAAAAUUUGGGAUAUUCGAACACGUAAACUUAUUCAACAUUAUGCAAAUCAUGUAGCUUCAGUGAAUAAUGUUGCCUUUCAUCCUAAUGGAAAUUUUCUUUUAACUGCAUCAAGUGAUGCUACAUUAAAAAUAUUUGAUUUACUGGAAGGACGCCUUAUCUACACUUUACAUGGUCAUCAAGGACCUGCAAUGAGUGUAGCAUUUUCAAAACAAGGAGAUUACUUUGCAUCAGGUGGUCAAGAUCAACAAGUUCUUGUUUGGAAAACUAAUUUUGAUACCACUACACCAUUUGUUGAUUCAACUAAUACAACAAAUAAUAAAUAUACAAAUGGAAGUGAUCUAACAUGUCAUGAUUACGGUACAACAUCACGAAUCUCAUCGGCAAAUAUUCAACAAAAUAAAUCUCAAAUAGCGUCAUUACGUGAAAAAUCUAAUCCAGAAACAAGUGAUGAACGACGAGCACGAAAAAUCGAUAUGUUUAAUGGAAAAUCAACAACACGUACAUUUGAUGAUGACGAUCGUCUUGAGAUAACAAAUAUUGGACCAGCUUAUGAAAAUGGCAUAGCUCGUUCAAAUAGUGCUUCAGCUUGCUUAAUUAAUUCAGCAGCAGUGGCUAAUGGAAGAAGUAAAAAUAAUCGUGCGACAUAUGAUAUUGAAACUACUGCCAAUCAAACAUAUUCACCACAAUUAACAAAUACACUUGAACAUAUUGUUCAACAAUUAGAUAUAUUAACAAAAACAGUAGCUAUACUUGAAACACGUUUAACAAUGACUGAAAGUAAAUUACAAGAGCGAAAUGAACAGGGACAAGAUAAUAAUAAAAAAAUUUAA